GUGUGUGUGUGUGUGUGUGUGUGCAGAUGGAGCCCCUCAGACGCUCUGCUCAGGCUGAUGGAGACUCGGGCUGGUUCGGGUUGAGGGUGCGGGUUCAGGGCGUCUCCGGUCAGCCGUGUGUGGUUCUGAACACCCAGAGGAACCUGGACUCUCCAGACUAUCCUGACGUGUUCCCGAUGGAGCCGCGGCAGCAGGAGUGUGUGUCCAGUAUGAGCGGCGGGGCUUCCAGCGCUCAAACUCCACUGGAUCAUUCCAGAUCCCUGAGAUCCUUCCGGCACCCGUGGGCUCAGCAGAACCAGAGAAACCCGGAGACCCUCCGCUGGUCCAGCAGCCCGAACUCGCCCGUGGUGGUGAAGAGAGCCCGGAUACCGGUGCCGGGAGCAGGAUUCCCGGGUCCGGUGGUGGAGAGCGUUCCCUGCCGGCCGUCCCACAUCAUCAGCAGGGUGUGUGUCCCUCAGGAGCAGAACCCCAGCGGAUCCCCUCGGCCCGGGAGAGCCCGUCACCACAGCAGAACCACUCCUGAGGAGAAGAGGCGCUCCAGGAGCCUGGAGACCAGAUCCACACGCUCACGGACUCCGGCUGCCGGGGUCACAGGGGUCACAGGGGUCAGCUCUACAUCUGCAUGGUCAGAGCUCAAAGAAGACACGGAGAGAACGGCUCAGGCCACUCCUGAUCUCCUGAAGGGACAGCGGGAGCUUCCGGAUCAUCCCGACGAGGAAACCGUUAAACUGCUGAUGGUGAACUUCCUUAGAGAAGGGUCCAGUGAGGAUGAAGCGGUUAUCAGGCGACAGGUGGAGCUGAUGUUCGACCAGAUCAACAUGCUGAAGUUCAGAGCGCUAGAGGAGUUUGAGUUUGCAGGUCCUCUCGAGCAGGUGAAAGAUCUCCUAGACAGGAGGGCGGCGCUUGAGAGCCACGUCUGUCACUUACAGCAGCAGCUGCAGGAAACACUGCAGGUGAUCUGA